GGCGCGACCCGCGGCGAGCGCUUCCUUUCGGUGAGGAGGCGGCGGCGGGUACAGAAGAUGUCGUGUGGCUCUGCGGAUUACAGCUCUAAAGAACAUGGCCCAGAUGGCAUGGACCCAGAUGGUGUUAUUGAAAGCAACUGGAAUGAAAUUGUUGAUAACUUUGAUGACAUGAAUCUGAAGGAGACUCUUCUUCGAGGAAUUUAUGCCUAUGGAUUUGAAAAACCUUCUGCUAUUCAGCAGAGGGCAAUUAUGCCAUGUAUUAAAGGUUUUGAUGUCAUUGCCCAAGCACAGUCUGGAACUGGUAAAACAGCCACAUUUGCAAUCUCAAUCCUGCAACAGCUGGAGCUGGAUAUGAAAGAAUCUCAGGCUUUGGUCCUGGCCCCUACCAGAGAACUAGCUCAGCAGAUCCAGAAGGUAAUCCUGGCCCUGGGGGAUUACAUGGGUGCUACUUGCCAUGCCUGCAUUGGUGGCACUAAUGUACGAAGUGAGAUGCAGAAGCUGAACGCAGAAGCUCCCAACAUUGUUGUAGGAACUCCAGGGCGAGUGUUCGACAUGUUGAACAGGGGAUAUAUAUCUUCUAGGUGGAUCAAGAUGUUUGUCCUAGACGAAGCUGAUGAAAUGUUGAGUCGUGGAUUCAAAGAUCAAAUCUAUGAGAUUUUUCAGAAACUGAGCACGAACAUUCAGGUGGUUCUGUUGUCUGCUACGAUGCCCAGUGAUGUCUUGGAGGUCACCAAAAAAUUUAUGCGUGAUCCAAUCCGUAUCCUUGUGAAAAAAGAGGAGCUCACACUUGAGGGUAUCAAGCAGUUUUACAUCAAUGUGGAGAGAGAGGAAUGGAAGUUGGACACUCUUUGUGACUUGUAUGAAACUCUAACCAUAACACAAGCUGUGAUUUUCCUUAACACGAGGAGGAAGGUUGAUUGGCUAACUGAAAAAAUGCAUGCAAGGGACUUUACUGUUUCUGCAUUGCAUGGUGACAUGGAUCAGAAAGAACGUGAUGUGAUUAUGAGGGAAUUCCGUUCAGGAUCUAGCCGUGUACUUAUCACUACUGACUUACUGGCUCGUGGCAUCGAUGUGCAGCAGGUGUCUCUAGUUAUUAACUAUGACUUGCCUACAAAUCGUGAGAACUACAUUCACAGAAUUGGUCGUGGUGGUCGCUUUGGAAGGAAAGGUGUUGCUAUUAACUUUGUUACUGAAGAAGAUAAAAGAAUUCUUCGUGAUAUUGAGACAUUCUACAAUACAACUGUGGAAGAGAUGCCGAUGAAUGUGGCUGACCUGAUCUAAUGAUGGCAUGAGAAUUUGCAUUUGCAGCUGCUGAAUUAUCAGACUAUAUGGUGCGUUGUGCUGCUUCACGAGUUGUUGAAUCUCUUCUCCCAUGUGCAGACAGGAUCAGAAAUCCAGCAUUGUGAUAAGUGACUUGAGGAACGCCAUCCUUUUGCAGUGUUGACUGCUGGGGUGGGGAGUUUAAGUCAUGGGGUGUUUAAACAUAUAUGCCCUUCAGUGUUUUGAAUGUUCUGUAGUAGCAUUUCUGUUUGAUAUUCUUUAUCACUUAAUAGUUUACUUAUGGACUAAAAAAUUCAAGUGCUGUGUUAAAUCAGCCAAUUAUGUCAAACUGGCAUAUCUACAACUAUUUUAAAAUGAAGCUUGCCAAUCAAUUGGUAAAUGUAUGUGCACUUUUUCUAGAGGUAAUCUAACUACAUGUAUUUGUAUUUAAUAAAAAGUUUUGAGUUGUGCAAAGAUCUAUUUGUGCUAUGAUCUGCACAGUUUUGGCUUCCCAGUAGGUGGUUGUUAAGAUACUUUGUACAAAUGUGAGAAAUUUGGCAUUAGUUUUGAGGGAGGCCAGAUGUUGUAACUGCAUUCCUGUAUUGCAUCCUUAUUUUUGUAACUUUGUAGUUCUUUUGUUUAUUGUACAUGGGCUGUUCUAAUUUAUGCAAUCUGUCGCUGUCUUCUAUUCUAAAUAUUUAUUUUUGUUUUCUCUAGAAAACAACCUCCUAGGAGAUUGUACAGACUCUGCUCAAUAGUAAAAUACAGAUCUUUCAACUUUUAAACCAUGUUGAUCUAAGAUGCUUCUGGAGAGAGUAAAUGUAGGAGGAAAAACUACCUGUAAAUUUGCAAUGGUGGUGCAUGUUUGUAUGAUCUGAGCAAUAUAAAAUGCAGCAAGCCUAAGCAAAUGUA